UCCUUCCAUAAUUAUUUAGGUGGAUAAGAAAAGUCAAAUACAAACAUGGAGACUGAUUGCCCAAAAUUUAAGAGAUGUAUGUGAUCCCGAUUCAGGAUAGCUCCAGCUUUGAAGCUUGGUUCAGACUAUUAACUUACGAUUGCUUCAUCUUUCACUAACUAUAUUUUCUUAUAAUGUCGUCGAUCUGGGAUGAGUUUGAUCACCUCAAAAUUCAAAUGAAAGACAUAAUUUCGGCGACUAACAACUUCCAUAAAGACAAACUUAUCGGAGGUGGUGGCUUUGGUCCGGUGUACAAAGGAGAACUCUCCCUUCCCAACGGACCAACCAUGGUAGCUUUUAAGUGGUUAGAUCGUAGACAUGGACAAGGAAACACCGAGUUUUGGAAGGAGAUCAUGAUGCUUUCCAAAUACAGACAUGAAAAUCUGGUCUCUCUCUUCCACUUUUCCAUUGAGGGUGAUGAGAGAGUUCUGGUUUACGAGUAUGCCCCUCGUGGAAGCCUAGAUCGCUAUCUAAGUGAUGCUACUCUUACAUGGAACCAACGUCUGCAUAUAUGCAUCGGGGCUGCACGUGCGCUGACCUAUCUUCAUGAUCCCAUGGAUACUCAACAAAGAGUUAUCCAUCGAGACAUGAAAAGCUCAAACAUCCUUCUGGAUAACAACUGGAUUGCUAAAGUUUCCGAUUUUGGUUUGUCAAAAGCGAGCCCAGCAAACCAACCACGAACAUAUAUGGUCAUCAAUCCUGUAGGUACACUUGGAUAUUGCGAUCCAUUAUAUUCAGAGUCGGGCAUCCUGUCUAAAGAGUCUGACGUGUAUUCCUUUGGAGUGGUAUUGUUUGAAGUAAUGUGUGGAAGAUUAUGUUGUGAAUAUAGUAAAGGUCAACUAGUUGGUGUUUUAGUGCAGAAAUGGAAAAGGUGUUGCGAAGAAAAGGAACUAGAUGAUAUUAUCUUUCAAGCUCUUAAGGAGCAAAUGGUUUGGGAUUCUGUGAUAACGUUUUCAGCUGUUGCAUAUCGAUGUUUAAAUCGAGCACGUAAGGAUCGACCACUCAUGGAUGAGAUCGUGAAGGAACUCGAGUUUGCACUUUCACAACAACAGAACAGUCGUGGUAGUGGCGGCCGUAGUAGCAGCAGUAGCAGUGGCAGUGGUGGUGGUGGUGGUGGUGGUGGUGGUGGUGGUGGUGAUGAUGAUGAUGGCCGUGGCAAUGCAGAUUUAGUAAAGAUUGUUAAUCUUAUAGCAUCUCCGCAAGAUAACAACCUUCUCCCAAAAGGGGUUCUUGUUGAUGAGGGCAAAAGGUGGAUUUCGAUCAAUAAAAGCAAACAAAUUCAUGAAAUGAUAUCCGCUACACAAUGUUUCCAUGGAAAUGUAUCGGAAUGUGUCAACGCUAGCAAAUCAAGGUUUUCAAAUGUCUUUGUGUGCACACUAGAAGCUUGUUUUGAAGUAAAUGUUAGUACCAAAUUCUUGUCACCAGAUACUGCAUACACCGUGAACCUUGUCUUUAACAUUAUGGGUACAAAAGAUCCAGAAAAGGCAUAUUAUUGGGAAUAUGCAACUUGUUGGGCAUAUGUACCCUUCAGGUAUAAAUUGGAUGAGUGGAAUGAGUAUCAAAACUCUUGUGAUCCCAGUGUUAGAGAAGACGGAUGGCUGAUGGUCCAAUUAUACACCUCUAGAAACAAAAAUAAAAAACACAAUUUGAGGAUUGAGUUCAUGGCUCCUAGAGACCCCAGAAUCUUCAAGUAUAUUCUUGAAGGCAUUGAAUUACGUCCUAUAUAGAGCAUGUAAGUUAAUACAAAAAAAAUUAUUAGUUUGUUAACAUUACUACAAAUACAUUUUAAGUUUUAUAUUUUA